CUGAAUCCUCAAGAACCCUCAUCUUCUUCCCCAUUCCUUUAUCUCCUCCACCACCAACCAAUCGUCGUCACCUCUAAACUCCAACAAAUCUUUCACACCCUCAAACCCACCUACAAUAAUGGCGAAAUACGGUGAAGGAGACAAGCGUUGGCUCGUAGAAGACAUACCCAACGGAGCCAACGUCCACAACUGGCACUUGACAGAGACCGACUGCCUCGAAUGGUCAAAAAAUCUGCUCACCAAACUCAUCGUCGACCAAACAAUACUCGCCGGAGAAGGUAAUUUCUUCAAUCAAUCUGAUCCCGACGAUAAAUCGUUGCUAAUUGUUGAUGGGAUUGUUGAGAUUCCGUACAUCUCCGAUGAGAACGCCGAUGAGGAUCCGGAUCUUCGGGUUAUUGUUAAAGAUGAGGGUCCGAUUGGAAAGAGGUUAAAGGAUGCGUUUUUAGCUAAGGGGAAGGAGUUUGUGUUAAAGCAGAUUAGGGUUUAUGUUGAGGCUAUGGUAGUGGUGGUGGUGGUGAUGUUGGUGGUGGUGGCGGUGGUGGUGGUGGUGGUCUUUCUGUUGAUUUUGUAGAAGGAACUGAUAUCGAACCAGAUAGCACCGGUGGUGGUGGCGGUGGUGACGUUGGUGGUGGUGAAGGAAACAACUGGGGCGGUACUGGCGGUGGAUCUGGUGGAGACGGUGAAGGACCAUCAGACAACAGUGAGAAGGAACCCAAGAAGAUGGCGAUGUCUCAGAAGCUAACGAUGGGCGGUGUGUUGGUGGUAGGUAGUUGUAGGAGGUGGCUGUGGUGCCAGGGGAAAGAGGAAUUUGAUGACAAUGAUGAUGAUGAUGAUGAUGAAAUCUAGUAGGAUGGAUUAGAAACUCAUUUUAGAAUUUUAGUGUUAUUGUUGUAUUUGUUUCAUGUUCCUUGUUUCAUGUUGUUGUAACUUGUUUCAAAUGUUGUACUCGAGUGUUUAUCAAUGAAAUGAAAUUUGAAUUAUUAAA